AGUCAGGGCUGGGAAGAUCUGACAGAACCUGGAGAAGCUUCACGAAGACCCGGCCGGAAACCGUGGUAGCCAUAGAGACGCUAUCGGAAGUUGGGGUUGCUAGGAAGCCUGGGCGCGUCCCCCAAGCUGCGUCAUGGCCGAUGUCCCUGAAGGUUACUAUUCCGAUCCGUAUGGCGCUGAAGACCUGGAGCAGGAGGCUCCUGAGCUGUCUGAGUCUCGUAAGUUGGCUGAAGAUGCGCAACCAGAACCCAAGGCAGAGGCUGCAGACGCGGAGCAGCACGUGGAGGCCGAGCAAGAGCCACAGCCAGAGAUGGGGGGAGAGGACUUCAAAGAGGGGGCGCAAGAGGGUGCUGAGAAUGGACACCCCCACCUCAUGCCACACGAGCUGUCAGAAUACGAGAUUCCUGAGGAGUCAGAGGUAGACCUUUCUAGAGAGACAGAACCCCAAGAGGUACAGUUGGAGGGGUUCGUGGAGAUGGGAGAAGAGCUUCUCCAGGAUUUGGAGGUCUUUGAGGUUGAAAACCAUGAGCCAGAUCUAGAGCUCCCAAAGGAAACCGAGUCUGAGGUUCCAGGGGCCACAAUCAGUGAGACAAGAUCAGAGUUACAAGAGAACAUUCUGAAGGAAUCACCCAGAGAGCAAGGUGGAGAGAUAGAGCUACCAUCUACAGACUUGACCAAACCAAAAUUUCCAAGUGAGAAACCAAGAAACUCGAUUAAAGAGGCAGAAAUACAGCCGCCAGAGAUGACCCCACUAGAGAUUCCAGAGAUGACACAAAGGAAGUCACUUGAUGAGAAAAGGACAGAGCCAUCUGAGCAGGUCAAACCAGAGCUUCCAGAGGAGACACAAAGAAAAUCAGCUGAAGAGAUAGGAAAAGAACCAUCUGAGCAGACUAAAUCAGAGUUUCCAGACCAGACACCAAGUAAGUCUCCUGAGGAAACACAAAGAAAGUCAGCUGAGGAGAAAGUUCCAGAGACACUGGAAGAGAUCAAAUCAGAGUUUCAGGAGGAAAAAUCAAGAAAGCCAAGUGAAGAAAGAGGUGUUGAGCCAUCAGAAAUGACGAAACCAGUUCAAGAGGAGACACAAAGAAAGUCAAGUGCAGAGAAAGUUCUAGAGCCACCAGAGGACUCUAAACCAGCACAUCAAAAGGAUAAACCAAGAAAAUCAACUGAGGAGACAGGAGUAGCACAACCACAGAAGGCCACAUCAGGGGAGACACUAAGAACAUCAGAAUCAAUUGAGAAAAGAAGUCAAGUACCACCACAGAAGACUGAACCAGAGGUUCAAGAAAAGACACAAACAGAGCCAAUUGAAGAGAAAGAUCUAGAGUUAACAGAUGAAGAGAAAGGACUACAUAGAAAAGACACACAUGUAGAAUUUGUCAAAGAAUAUGAGGCAGAAUCAAUCCAAAGCAAUUACUCGAGAGGGGUAGUGGUAGAUUAUGACUCCUAUCAAAGGAGAAAGUUCCAUAAAAGAGGGAAAAAAGGGUCUCUCUCAGCUAGCGAAGCAGACUCUACAAGUACUGACUACGGUUUUUAUAAAACAUUCCAAAAUGCGUAUGAGAAUGUUUAUGACAGUGAGUAUGACUAUUCCCUGGUAGAUCACUAUGAUUUUCAAGAGUCCACUACUGAAAAUGGAAGUGUGGAUUUAUCUUCAAAGUUGGAGGAUCUGGUACCUAGAGAUAAAAAAAGACAGUCAAGAAGUAGUUUUGGGGUACAGCAAUUUGAUUAUCUUACAUGGAGUCCAGAGAAAGUUGCAGAGUGGAUUAGCAAGCUAGGCUUCCCUCAAUACAAGGAGUGUUUUACCACAAAUUUCAUCAGUGGCCGGAAACUCAUCCAUGUAAACUGCUCAAACCUCCCUCAAAUUGGGAUAACAGAUUUUGAGGAUAUGAAGGUAAUUUCUCAGCAUACCCGGGAGCUACUGGGAAUUGAAGAACCAUCAUUCAGUCGCUCCAUCAGCCUUCCCUACAGGGACACUAUCGGCUUAUUUUUAGAGCAAAAAAGUCAUAGUGGGGUCAAAUCUGAUUCUUUGACCUUCUCUGAAUAUGUGGAAGCAGCAGGGUUACAGGAUUAUGCUCCUCAAAUAACUGACCCUGAACCAUUCCACUGAACUUGAACUGUCAAACUAAAUUAUUCUGGGGAAGAAGUGUGACCUUUGGGGUUUUCUUUUUCUCCUUUUCAAGAAGGAUAACCCAAACCUGCUAGCCAAUUUCGUCACUGACUCACAGCAGCACCUUUCAUUUGUCUGGAAACACAAAAUUUCCCCAUUCUCUCCUUUUUGGUUCUUUUGGUUGGUCGAAUAAUUAAAUUAACAUGAGACAGAUUAAGAGAAGAAAACAAAUUUAACUGAGUUAUAAGGGUCCCACAAUGACGUGAAAGGCCCAAUGACAUUCAGGCAAAAUGAGAUAAGAGGGGGGGCGGGGUAGAAGC